UUAUCGUAAAUUUAAUAGUUUUUGCGAUUUACCGUAGGGUGUCGCCACUGCAACUCGAUUGUUCUGGGCGUAUACAACAAUAAUUUCUAACCUAAUAUUAAUGUGUCAUUCGUGUUACUGUGUACUGCAUAACUUUCAUUCAGUACGUACUUUUAACGGUUUCACAAGUUAUAUACAUAAUUUGUUAGUAAACUUACGCAAGGAAAUGAAGUUACAUUAUUCCAUGUGCGUUUAAUGACAGCGUACAAAUACAUAUAUAGUAAAGUUAUUUGUCGUGAUGUAACUUUAAAAUGAAGUAUUUCGGGGAAUUAAUAGAAGACUCAAUGAAUCUCUACGGUAGCAUAAGUUAACAUUUGUACCGUUAGAUACUUUAGAAAGGCAUUUUAUCGAGACUACGAUAACUAUUGUUAAAGCAUAGAUCUGCAUAGAAAGCAGAUGUUUCUCGACCGUCAUUAUGUGCGAGGACGCCCAUAUUAAAGAGCAAUGGCAACUUUUACAAUGUUUACGAACUACCGUAGAAUGUUUAUUAGUCGAUGGUGUUUUAAACGUGUGGAAUGUUUACGGUGGUUUAAAUCGCCUUCACAAUAUAAUGGAGCGGAUAUUCAAACAUGGCUGUAGAAUAUUUAAUCGAAAUGGAGAACCAGAUUGUUGGAUCUUUAUUCAAGGGUUAAAUUGGUUGCAACCUUCCUUAGCAGUGUCUCCGGUAUUGUCUGAAGUAGAAGAUUAUCUUUCAAAUUUACCAGCACGAAUAACAUCACAAAAAGAUAUGUUAUGGUUAUAUAAAAGCUUGGAGAGUCAUUCUUUGUCGCACAAACUUUCCUGGCUUUUGUCUGACAAGGAACACUUACUUUCCUGUUUUGAGCCAUGGGCAUUUUUGUGUCAAGAAAACUUAGCCGAAGCCACGUUAUUGUGUUUAAGAGCAGUUGAACGAAGUCAACCUGUGCUACUUACAGAGAUUGAUCCAUCUUUGUUUCUGCCUUCUUGGAUUUCUCCCAAAACAAGUCCCAGAAGACAUCAGAGAUCUUCUUCAUAUCCAAUUAAUUUCCCUACCACAAAUUUCAACAUAGCUAGAGAUAGAAGCAUACCUAUUGAAAAAUAUCAGUUAGAACCAUUGAAAAUAUCAUCGGAUAAUAUAGCUAUUCAGCAUAAUGAUACCAAAUCUGAAGAAAAUCAUCAUGAAAUAAAUUCCAAAGAAGUUCAUGAUAUACCUUUAAGAACUUGGAAUAGUGUUUCUUCAUUGACUAAAAAUUAUAAUAUUCCUGGAAUAAAUUUACCUGCACCUUCGUUAGCUACUGCAGACGUUAGUUCAAAUAAAAGCAGCAAAUCUCAAACCUGCUCAGUUGAAUUGUCAAAAAUAAUUGAUGUGAAUUAUGCCGAUGUAACGCAAUCCAUGUCUACAGUCCUGAAUAAUAAAUUACUUACUAGGCCAAGAACUCCUUCAAGAAAGACAAAACUCAAAGUUAAAAUGAAACAAAAUCAAAUUGCUGAUAAAUUCAGCGAGGGUUCUGAUUCGUUAAAUAACGACGACUCAUUAGUAAAUACAGUAAUGGAGUAUCAUAUUCCACCUCUUGCAUCAAACGAAAGUAGUACAAGCAUUUGUAAAACAAAUUCUGCAGAAAUUAAUAUAUCUCAAAAACCGAGAAGAAAAGCUUCCUUUUUACCAGGGUCAGCACCCGAAUUCAGCGGUUCGUGGAGUUUAGAAAUCGAAGGACAAAAAGAUAUAAGAACACCAAAGAAAAGUUUCAUGGAAGAUGGAGGAAGUAGCGUUCAACCUAUGGCGAUAGGAUAUUUUCCGCGUCCGAUAGAGGGUCAAAGUUUAACAAGCUUUUUAGCAUCCGCACAAUUUUUCAGAGCUAACGCUGAAUUGGACAGAGAAAAUGCGCACUUCAGUGUCUCUGACGCCAUGAUAGCUGCUAUUGAACAAGUAAAAUGUAACAAGCAGUGGUGUCUUGUGGAAGAAGCAGUCGAAGAGAGCGACGAAGAAAUAAAUAGUUUAAAACAAAGAAUACGAUUAAGACGCCAUCAACGACAAGAAGAGCAAUGCAACAGGAGAACCUGGAAUCGUGAUUUGCUGAGCGAUGGAAAAACAGAUACGACUACUACUGAUCAAAGUGUUAGCCCUUUAUCAACUUCAUCCGAUACUCCAUCUGAACCUAUUUCUACAGACGACGUGGAAGACCUAGAAAUAGACGACGAGUUGAAGGCAUUAAAAUUAAAAUAUGCUGGACUUUCCAUAUCUACGGCAUCUUUAUUUGCGGAAGCAGAGUAUCUGUUUCCAUCGUCUCCAGCGCAUGGAACAGAAUCGACAUUGACUGAGGGCAGUAUGUCUGCGGAGGGAGUAGCUUUAUCGCUCAUUAGCAGGUUUAAUGAAAAACAGUUACCAAGGGCAAGCGAGUUACAGUGGCUUGUUUCUGAAAAGGAAGCGCCGCAAACCUUGUUACCAAUGCCUAAAAGUUGGCCAGUUAAUUCAGAUGAAGUAGAAAAUUCGCAGACAAUUCCAUUGCGUGGAAAUAUGGAAUGGGCUCCACCGCGACCUCAAAUUAUUUUCACACCACAUCCCCCGCCAGUACGGCGAACUCUUAUAGCUAAACAGAAUUAUAGAUGCGCAGGGUGUGGAAUGAAAGUUGCAGUGAAAUAUGCGAAUAAAUUUCGGUACUGCGAAUAUUUGGGAAGAUAUUUCUGUACUGGAUGUCAUACGAAUCAAGUCACAUUAAUACCAGGAAAGGUUUUAUCUAAAUGGGAUUUUAACAGAUAUCAUGUAUCAAAUUUUUCGUACAGAUUAUUGGAUCAAAUGAUGUCAGAUCCAUUGUUUCAAGUGAACGAUUUAAACCCGCUACUUUACAGACGCAUCAAACAAUUAGAUAAAACAAGAUUAUUACGAACACAAUUAUUUUUCUUUAAAGACUUCUUGUUUACAUGUCGCUUUGCAUCAAGCGUUCAGGAAGUAUUGAAAAAGGAACCAAAUUAUAUAAUAAGUGACCCUCAUGUGUAUUCCAUUCAAGAUCUGAUCCAUGUUAAGUAUGGUAUUCUACCUAUGAGAUUACAAGAAUUAGUUCAAAUGUGCAACAUGCACAUUAUAGGCUGUGAGUUGUGUCAUGGUAGAGGAUUUGUAUGCGAGAUAUGUUUUUCCAAAGAUGUUAUAUUUCCAUGGGAAUUAUCAAAAGUUCAUAGAUGUGAAAUGUGCGGUGCAUGUUUUCAUAACGAGUGUAAACAAAACUUCAAUAAAGCUGACUGCCCACGUUGUAGACGUUUACACGACAGACGGACAUCUAGAGAAGAAACAUUUUGACACACGGUAAAGUUGUUUAAUGUUACAUGUUUGUUUAUAGAAAUUGAAUUCUUACUUUGAAGGAUGAACAGUGUGACGUAAGUCGUUAAUUCCGAAAAGAACUGUAUAUGUACUUCUGUUUCUAUUUAUUGUAUUUAAUCUAAAAUUUGGUAGCUUGUUCGAAACAAUCAGAGAUUUGUAUAUUAUAUUUAUAUGCGAGUGGAUUAUAUUCUUUUAAUUUUGAAAUUUUUAUAUAUUUAUAGAUUACUCGAGUCUGAGAAUUUUUAGAAAAUAAAAACUUAUUUAUUGCAACUAUAUGAAUUUCAGAUGUAGAAAAGACUGAACAAAUGUGAUAUUUAAAAAAUUGUAUAACUUAUUGCUAAAAUAUUCCUUAAUCGUUUUUUUGUAAGUGUUACAUAAUUAUUCAUUUAAUAUUGUGUAGAUUGUUACCAUAAGGAAAGAAGAUUGAAAUACAUUAAUUAUUAUGUAUUUACUUGUACAUUUCUUAUUUGAAGCAGUAUACAAAAUGAAAUAUCAUGGGUAUUUUGUAUAUAAUCUUUAUUUUUCUAGUAAUGAAUUUGAUAAAUUCUUAAAAUUAGAAAUUAGGAUGUAUAAAGUAUUGCAUGUCAUAAACGUUGAAUGUAAAAUGGCAAUAACAUUUUAAGUACAACGGGCCUGAAAAGUAUUACCUUUAUUAAAAAAGCAUUAUACUAAUAGUCGUAAAUAUAGUGCCUGGUUCUCAUUAUAAUUAAAUGUAUUGUUUAUUUAUAAAAAUUGUUAAUGCAAUCGAAGUUUAUAAUAAAAUGUUUUAAACAGUU